UUCCUGGUGAUUUUGCUCGUCGUGAAACAUUCUGCGAUUGGAUGUUAAACCAGAUUGACCUUGAUAAUGUGAUAAAUGAUGCAUUUUUAAAAAAAAUUUUAUGGACAGACGAGUGCAUAUUUCAUAGUGACGGACGCAUUAAUCGACAUAAUGAACAUCAUUACGCUGAAGAAAACCCUCAUUGCCGCAAAACAAUUCAUAUCCAAGGAUAUUAUAGUAUUAAUAUUUGGGCGGGCAUUCUGGACGAUAUGAUUAUUGGGCCGUUCUUUUUCCCAGAAAAUCAGCAUAUCAAUGGAGAAGUAUAUGCCGAUUUCAUCGAGAAUACAUUAGAUGAUUUUUUGGAAAAUGUACCAUUAGCUUUGAGGAGAACUAUAAUUUUCCAACAAGAUGGUCAUCCUGCCCAUACUGCAAUUGUCGCCGUACCAUCUUAAACAGGAAAUUUCCAAACAGAUGGAUUGGCAAAUAUAGUCAUUUCCAGGAGUGGCCGCCGCGAUUUCCGGAUCUGACACCAUUAGAUUUUUUUCUGUGGGGAUAUUUAAAAGACAAGGUAUAUGAAACUUUACCACAAAAUAGAGACGAUUUAAUUAAUCGUAUACGAACUGCUUUUUUGCAAAUAUCGCCACAUAUGUUAAGCAGAGUGCGAGAA